GACCACGUGGAGGUAGGAGGAGCCCGGCCUAGAGGGCAGGAGGCGCACCUUUCAGGCUGCCCAGAGAGCAGCAUCAUGGAGCCCCCUAAGACCUUCAUGAGAAGCCUGCCAAUCACACCAGGCUACAGUGGCUUCGUGCCGUACCUUAGCUGCCAGGGAACCUCCGGCGAGGAUAACAUGGACCGCUGCGUGGGGAUCUUCCAGCGGAGCACGCAGCGAUACAAAGAGCAGCAGGAGGAAUUACGCCGCGCGGUGGCUGCCGCCCCCAAGCUGAAGCCCAUCUGCUCCCAGGAGAAGCUCCUGCGGAUCCUGUACCAGUACUUAAAGAAGUACCACCCCAUGAGUCUGGAAUGCAAAUACGUGAAGAAACCCCUCACGGAGCCCCCGAUCCCUGGCUGGGCAGGCUACGUGCCAAGAGCCAAAGUCACCGAGUUGGGCUGUGCCAUGAGGUACACUGUUAUGGCUAGAAACUGCUACAAGGACUUCCUGGACAUCGUGGAGCGAGCCAAGCGAGCACGCCUGAAGCCCUAUGAGGAAAUGUACGGGGUUAGCCUCACACAACCUCCCACUCCUUCUCCGAAAGCACAGCGCAGAGAGCUGCUGCCCAGAUACCCGGAUUUCUCUGUCCCAGGUAGAACCUGUCCUGUCCUUGCCAGACCCCUGAGAGAGGACCCCAGAGCUCCAGUGAUGUGUGCUUGUGCUCAGUGGCCACAUAUGGCAGGCAGUGGGAAAAUUUAUCUGGAGCCACUGUCCUCAGCCACGCAUGCAGAAGGCUAGCGAUGUCAAGUCUCCUAAGGAGAGGAGGGCCUCGCGGGAUUCUUACGUCAGCAUCAGUCCCACUGUCACACCACGGGCAAUCAGGAAAUCUAUUAACAGAAAGUCUUUAACUGCCGCCUACACCCUAUAGUGGUUGACAAUAGCAUGUCGUUAAUGCUAAAUCUUAUGUUGUCAUGUGGGAAUAAAGAGGACACUUCUCAGCAAGCUGAAGGCUUUUGUGUU